AUGGUCGGAGCCCUGGCAUGUCAGAAAGACUCGUACCUCCGCACUCUUGAGGCCGAAGUUAUCUCAUGCGUCAAAUUUUCACCGCCGAAAGAUAAGAGCAGCCAGAAAAAGAAGAAAUCGUCGUCUGAUGCCUCAUCUCUUAACAACACAGACUCAUGGCUAGUUGAGUUUUCUGAUUCUGUGUUAUUCCCCGAGGGUGGCGGUCAGCCCUGCGACUAUGGUUCUAUCGUACCCUUGUCGUCGCCUUCUUCGGAACCAAUCCCUAUCACUCGUGUCGAGCGUCAAGGACUCAAAUGUGUCUAUCACGUGGGAACGGCCUUGGUUCCCGGUGCCAUAGUUCGCCAAGAUGUUGACUUCAACCGUCGGUGGGACCAUAUGCAGCAGCAUACCGGUCAGCACUUGCUCUCUGCCGUCAUGGACACUUACGAAAACCUCGGGACUCUCGGUUGGGGCAUGGGAGCAGAAGGUGGUGUGAACUAUGUCGACCUACCCCGAAAGCCAUCGCAGUCAGAGAUGCAAGCGAUUCAGGACAGAUGUAAUGAGAUCAUUCGCGACAAUGUAUCCAUCACAGUCAAUACUCCCAGUACUGCCGAAUCGAACAGCUCGCCGAGCGACUAUGAUCUUGAGAAGGGUCUUGUCCGAGUGAUUAGUAUUGGAGAUUUUGAUCACAACGCCUGCUGUGGCACCCAUCUGGCUCAAACUUCCCACGUCUCUCUUAUUCUACUACAUUUCACACAACCCGUUCAUGGCACGAACUGUCGCCUAUACUUUUCAGUCGGCGACCGAGCUAUCAAGGCAUCCACAGAGUCCAUCAGUGCUCUUCGUUCCAUUGCCAAAACUAUAUCUUCAUCAAACGUCCCUGCUGAAUUAGUUACCAGCGUUAAUAGGGUCAACGACACUGCGACAGAUUUGAAGCGACGAGAGAGGAAUUUGCUGUCAGAAAUUGCAAAGUAUGAAGGAGAUCGGGUAAAGGCUAUUCUUCAGAGUGGAAAGAAUGCAUGGGUCUAUCGUCCUUCAGGCAAUCUUGAGUUUCUGAACAUGGUCGUUUUUGAGGUCAAAGACGUAGUGAAAGACGGUGUGGUUGUCUUGGCAGCCGGUGAAGGGCAAGCAGGUGGCCCCAUUGUUGUCAUUGGCGAUAAAGAUUCGGUAUCAAAGAUUUCCGCAAAGGUUCAAGAAGUUGUGCUGAGUGUCAAGGGUGGUGGCAAAGGGGAAAAAUGGCAGGGCAAGGUGAAGGAGUGGAGAAAGGAAGAUUUAGAAGCGAUCAGAGAGUUAGUAGAGUAG